GGAAAUAUUUUCAUCGUGCAGAAGAACGCAUUGUAGCAAAGCCAAGGCGGGCCAUAGGCGUCUCUUCCUCCACUUCGCCAUUGCAAUUGCAGGCGGAGCGCUGAGUGCGGAACUGUUUCUGUAAGUUUGUAUGGAAUUGAGGCCCACGCUUGCCACGGAAAUCAACGACAUAAGCUUAGCUAGUGCUUUUGCGGCUCCAGACCCCACAACAAUGGAACUGUGCUGUGACAUUUGUGGCAACAUUGGUGUUAAAGAAGCCAUAAUCUUCUGCAGCCAGUGUAAGAUUAAUUGUGAGCACAUGUAUUGCAUGAAAACUCCUCUUAUGGAACGUGUCGACUGGAUUUGUGAGGAUUGUGAAUCAAGAUCUCAAGUAUUAUCUGAAGCAUCAUCUGAACAGUUGCCCAGCGUUUCAAAAUUAUCCAACACCUUAGAUGUGCCUAAUGAUAAAGCAAAGAGUGUAGAAAAGAAAGGAUCGUUGGAUUUACAGAGGAAGAAGGUUUCAUUCGCUUUGGGAAAGGUCAAACCAGGAAAGACUAAAUACAUCUGUCCUGAAGAAGCAAUUCUACUCUCAUCCGGAGCCAGUAACUCUAUUCUCAAUUCAAAGGGGGCUUCUCGUUCAAGACCCAAUGAAAAACUCAAGACUCUAAGGUUUGAUAAUCCGGGGACGUUUAAAGGGAAAAAAGUCGAUAAACUUUCAGGUGGUAAUGGUGGCAAUUCUAUUGAGCUCAGGACCUCUAAUACCGGAAAUCUGGACAAAAAUCUUUUGCCUGAUGACAACGCACAUGCAUACACACCUUCUUUGGGCGCCGCAUGGCUAGGAAGGUUCAACAUCCAUAAUUUUAGAAACCGGGAACUGAUUCUUCAUGUCCGUGCUCAUUGUCCUUCCCGAGUUCGUAAAAUGGUGUAUGAAUUCUCAAGGAAAAUGCCUGCAGUGCUUGACUUUGAAUUGGUUUCCUGCAAAAAGUUCUGGGUCUAUUUUUUUCAGGGCUAUUUUCCAGAUAUAAGAGACAUUGGACUGUAUUUCUUUUCCCGUGAAGUGGAGAGGUCCACUGAUUUUGUUUCCUUUCUGGAAAUCUUGAAUGAAGAAAACUUGGCAUUGAGGAAACAAAUUGGUGACAUAGAACUUUUUGUCUUCACUUCCAAACUUCUGCCUGUGGAUCACCAAUACUGGAAAGGAAAGGACUACCUCUGGGGAGUGUUUCAUCGUCCAAAACCUAACUCCCUCAGUGCCUCGACAAUCGGCUAUUGAGAUUGUUGGGACAAUCUUAAGAUGAUGCUCUGCAACAGGUAACAGGCAAGGUUGUUUAAAGGUAUCGGGGUGGAGUGUUUAUGGGCAGAUGGAUUUCCAAAGUUAAAAAUAGAACUUUAAAAGAAUUAACUACCAUAUUCGACCAUAAUUUCUUAUUAAAUGUGAAGGUAGAUCUUGACAUUCAUUCACUUAAUUGCUCCCAAAUCAUUAGACUAUGAGAUUUGGUAAACGAUUUUUUCAAGAGUUUUUAGCUUAUUGUGUAGAUUUUAGCUGCUUGACCAGUAAGCCAGUUAAUUUUGGUGUUUGGUAAAUUAUCGUUUUUAAUUAACUUAUUGAGUUUAAAAAGCUAAUUUUGAAGGAGUUGUAUAUAAAAAUAUUAAU